AUUUCAAAUAUAAAAAUGAUCGAAAAAAAAAUCCAAAAUAGAAAUCCCAAAAUCUAUUUCCUAAGCCAAAGUGACAAAUGUCAUUUUCGAUGCUCUCCGGAGACUUGAGCGAAGGAAUACAGAAUGAAGGCGGCACCAAAGUUGAUACUACUGUUCAAGGAUCAAGAAUGCUUCAGUGACGCCAUUUUUGAUGCUCUCCAGCCAACCUCCGACUCGCAUCUUCAUAGAUCUGAAGAAGAUUUCCAACUCUCCUUGGAGGAUUACGGGAUUACGGAACAUAAAGCACGCGGUAAAAUCGCUUAUUUCAGUGAAGACAAUGGUGUUUUGCAGAUUUCAUUGUUGCUUGUGAACUGUUCUGAGCCUCCACUUUUGUCAUGUGUGGUGAACGAGAUCUUGAAAACCAUAAGAGACAGCAGCUCGUCUUCAACUGUGUGUCUGACAGUCCCAUGCAUUCUGCCAGCAGCGAAGCUAAUUAAAGGCAAAAGAUCUUCUGUAUAUGGUAUCCACAUUGGGCCAGCAACAAAGUUCACUGAAGACAUGACGAAAGCUAUUGAGAAACCUCCUUUGUCUUUGCAGAUCAACUAUGAGCCAUUGGCUUGCCUGCUUCAGUUUGUAAAUUGCCUAAAAUUUCCAACUGCAGUCCUUAUUGGUGAAAGAGGCACAAAGGGAGAACACGAGGUACUCCAUGAAAUAGGAGAAAUUUUGGCGAGUGCAUUUUCUUUGAGCUUCAUGAAGAACCAGAUCAAGUUGAGUCUUAGAGAAACAGCAAAACCACAAGAACCAUGGCGUGCACUGUAUGGCUAGUUUAUGUUAUGUUUAGUAGUUAAAGUCUAACAGAUGUUUGCUUCCGAAACAAUGCCUAUCUGCCUUAUGUUUUAUAGGACAUUGUUGAUUGCCUAGGCUGGCCUUUUGCAUUAGUGAACAAUUUGCACUCGAGAUUAUUCAUCAAUCAUCAUGUUCAUGUGUGUUGAGCUUA